UAAACCUAGUACAACAUGAAGCUCUUUGUUAUCGCUGCCGUCUUGGCUGUUGUUGCUGCCGUUCCUUCCAGCUAUAAGCCGGAAUACAUAGCUCCCAGCUACCCUGCAACACAGUACGCUACCCCUAGCUACUCCGCGCCCAAGUACCCUACUCCUAGCUACCCCACACCAGCCUACCCCGCACCAGCCUACCCCACGCCAGCCUACCCCACACCAAGCUACAAGGAUAAUAAAUAUGCUGACAUUACAGUCACUAGCCAAUUCGACGAGCGCAACAUCGAUGGCAGCAGCCAGUGGAGCUACGCCCAGUCUGACUACACAACCCGUGAAGAAUCUCAAGUUCAGAAGAAGAUGCAAGGAGUCGCUUACGAUUCUUACGGAAAGGCCACCUACGAAGAUGUUAUGGGCAACACCAACAAGGGAUCUUCCUACUGGGUUUCACCUGGAGGCGAGAAAUUCACUUUGACCUGGACCGCUGAUGACGCUGGAUUCCAGCCCAAAGGUGAUCACUUGCCCGUCGUCCCCGUCCAUGAAUACGAGCUCCCAGUUGCUCCCGUCCAUGAAUACGAGCUCCCCGUUGCCCCCGUUCACAUCCCCUUCAAUGGAAAGGGUUACAAUAUUUACUAGAUUUCCCGACACAUGAUUUAAUAUUUAAAGUACGUCCCAUAAAUUCUGUAUAUCUCAUUUAUCGCGAGCGUGGU